UGAAGUAGCAACAGGAGAGGGAGGAGGAGAGAAUGAGAGGAGAAGAGGCAGCUGCACAGCGUAAAGACGCAGAAUAACUCCAGCUUUGUGUCUUUUUUUAAUUCUAGCUGAAAUACGGGACAAAUCGCGUCCCUUUUCACCUUAAUACCAUGUUAUUCUGUUUGUCUGUGAUAAGAUUGCUUUUAGAGCCGUUGCCCAAGCAAGGAGGAGGGUGCAUCCGACCUCCUCGGCUGUAAUUGGUCCAGCCCAGAGUCAUUCAUGACCAAUUGGCCAGUCCACCACCCUUAUUGUUUAUACCAUUACAGACAACAACAAUAACAACAACAACAUCGGCCCAUAAAAACGAAAAAUCACCAUCGGCCCACUGGGCAAAUGCCCAGCAUGCCCAAAGGCCAGUCCAGCUGUGGACAUGGCCAAUAUAUGUCGUUAUUAUUGAUGAUCUAUGCCAAUGUGGUGUCUGUUCACCUUUUAAUGUUCUUGUAAUCAGAAGGCUUCAUACUCCACUGUUUUAGUGAACAUAUCCUGAGAUAACAAUUCAGGCCAGGAAUUCAACUCCAUCCCAGCCACCUCAUAGGCUAACUCUGUGUUAUGUGGGGAUGUCAAUGAAGGAACGACACUGAUGUUGGUUGUGCUGACUCACAGAACAUCUGAUGUGGUGUGCAUAUUUAAAGACAAGAUCCAGAAAGCCAUUCUUAAAGGUUUAUUAUGGCAAUGAGUUGAAUGGAUGGAUGUGUGAUUUUCUCUAGACAUUCAAAUAAGAACAAACAAUCACAAUUAAGGAUCAAACCAAAUCACAGUGCUAUCAUGCUGCUGAAAGGAUUCAAUAGAUUACUAUAUCAGCUUGUGUCACUAAUGCAUCCAACAUCUUAGCAUUUCCAUUUCUUUAAAGUUAUGGCUCUGGUGUAACACAACCAGGGUGAGGGAAUAUCCAUUUACAUUGCAUGGCAACAAGGUUAAACAGAGUCUUCUUAACUUGAACGUUCUUUGUUCUCAGUCUGCUGGUGAGGAGGUAAAAGCCUACCAGGCCAAAGUGGAAUUAUAAAGACUCCUGGGUAUUUCCAACAGCUGGUGCUGGUGUAAGGAAGUUAGAUUCCUGCCUGUGGCCAUCUCAUCCACCUAACACACUGCAUACUGUAAUAGCCACACCCUUUUUGCACAUGCUCUUAUUUCUUUCUUUCUUAUUCAGAUAUUUAUCAGUAAGUGACUUAUAUGCAUGUAUAUAUAGCAUAUAUUGUGCUAUUUCUUACUUCUUGUAUUGUCUGAACGCUCGUGCAGUAGAGAGUGUAUGUUGUAACACAAGACACAAAAAGAGAGCUGAUUAAGUUGUCUAACUAACUCAUCUACACCAGGCAUGCUGUAGAGUAUGUAGCAGCACUGAGGAGGUGGUUUGACUCCAAACGAUUAAAAAAAAUCAAACAAGGUAUUUCGACUUUUUUCAUUUUCAACUAUUUCGAGUUCAAUCUCGAAAUUUCGAAUUAGUUCUCAAAAUGAACACUAAUAAUGAACACUAAUGAAUGAAAUUAAAUAAUGAAAAAAAAUCUUUAAAAAAAAUCUGGACUUAAUAUCGUCGUCGUAAAAACCAGCAGGAGAGGCUAAAGUCGAAUUUUACCAACUACAGAGGUGCGGCCCUGAAAACACACACACGGAGGGAGAGAGAAAGAGAUAGAGAGGGAGGGAGGAGUAUCGCUGCUCAUAUUCACCGCAGAACAAAACGAUUCUUAGUCGACCGCUGGAGAUACUCCCGUGAACAGAUAGUGCGCAGUGACAGUAAAAACCAAGAUGUUCAACCGGACCACACCUUUGUGCUCACCUCACCAAGAUUCGGGCGUUGCACCGUUCAUCAACGUGCCAGAUGUCUAUUACAUGUAUCCAGUGUGUCCCGCAGACAGAGCGCCGAUGUACUUGCCCCUGCUGCUGCACAGUGUGACGCCCCCAAGCGUGCCAACAACACAGGAGAAGUGUUACGACCCUCAUGACAAAACACUUAAAUUUGUCGAUGGAGAAGAUGAUUUGGACUUCUUGUGUGAAGGCUUCAAAUCUCCCAGAGCUCAGAUGUCCUGUGGUCACGCUGUGACCCCGACCUCUCUCACCAACUGGUGUCGCAGGUUGUUGGACCAGGGUGAAAGCAGGUUUGUGUGUGGUGGGUCUGGUUGUAACGUGGAGUGGACAUUUGCAGAGGUUUUUAAAAUGGCUCUGCUGACCCCUCAAGAAAAUGCACAUUUUAGAAGAACCAUGGCGUUCAAUGCUGCCAGGCAGACACAUACGACUAAGAUGUGUCCUGGAUGUGGAUCCACUGUGACGAGAGAGAAUGAAUCAGAUUUGAAUGUCCUCUGUAAAAAGUGCACAGCAGUAAAAGGACAGCUGUUUGAAUUCUGCUGGCAGUGUUUGAGGGAGUGGAAGGGUGCACAGCCUCGGAAAGACCGCUGUGGAAAUCGUGGCUGCUGCAACCAGUCACUAGAGACACUAAAUAAAUGCCCAAAUAUCACCUUUGAUUCAGUGAAGGUGUGUCCCUCUGUCCGUGCCUGUCCCACCUGUGGGUUACUGUUGGAGCACAGCAAGAAGUAUUGUAAAUCGGUUCAUUGCCCUCGAUGCAAUGUGACAUUUUGUUUUGUGUGCCUGAAGAGCUCCAGUACAUGUCUGAUAACCAGGUGCAUUCCUGCCCCCAGACAGACCUCUAUACCUGUCUGGCAGAAGAAAUAAUGGGAAAGACACAAGGCCGUUAAGUUUCACUUUCUUUAAAUUAUGAGUGUCUUUUCUAAAUGAAUUCACCCUGCUGUGUUUUUUAAUUCUCUGCUUUAAAUGUCAUCGCAUUAAAAAU